AUGUUACAGAAAUACAAGUACUACUUAUGUAUCACUUUCCUAUUCAUAAAUUUCCUCCAACAUUGUACUUCCAAUGACACCAUCACCCAAAACCAAUCUUUCAAAGAUGGAGAUAUCUUGGUGUCAAGUGGAAACAACUUUGCCUUUGGUUUCUUCAGCCCUGGAAAUUCCCUGAAUCGUUAUGUCGGGAUUUGGUACAACAAAAUCUCAGAACAAACUGUUGUUUGGGUUGCAAACAGGGAUAAACCCAUCAAUGGCACAACUGGAGUUUUGUCCAUUGAAAACUCCGGAGAUCUUGUGUUGCGUGAUGGGAGAAGCAACAUUCUGUUCUGGUCAACGAGUACUGUUUCAUCCAAGUCAACGGCCAGUUCUUAUUUUGUUCAGCUCAUGGACACAGCAAACUUGGUUUUGUUUGAAGAUGUAGGAAACACAAGUUUUGUUUCAUGGCAGAGCUUUGAUUAUCCUACUAAUACUAUCCUGCCUCACAUGAAACAUGGAGUGAACCUGACUUCCGGUUUGCAAUGGACCCCGACGUCUUGGAAGUCGGGAGAUGAUCCCGGAACUGGCACUUUUGAGUUCAAGAUGGAUGUCAGUGGUAUGCCACAGUUGAUUUUCUACAAGAAUUCUGAAAUGUUAUGGCGAUCAGGGCCUUGGAAUGGGAUUCAAUUCAGUGGUAUACCUGAGAUGACUACAUCAUAUAUUGUCACUGUUGAUUAUGUUGAGAAUGAUGAUGAAGUGAGCAUUUCCUAUGUUCUGAGUGAUCCCACAGUUUUCACAAGGUUAGCAGUAAACGAAUCAGGCAACGUGCAGUUGUUAACCUGGCAAGAAGGCCAACAGAACUGGAAAUCGUUUUGGACUAUCCCCAAAGACGAUCAAUGCGACAAUUAUGGCCAUUGCGGUGGAUUCAGUCUAUGUAAUUCUUCUAAUUUGAGUGAAUUUGAGUGUCAAUGCCUCCCUGGGUAUGAGCCUAAAGUCAAAAGUGAAUGGUACUUGAGAAAUGGCUUCCAUGGGUGUACAAGUAAGCCCGGUGAACAAACGUGUGGAAACAGUUCCUCUGGUUUCGGCUUCAUAAAAUUCCCAUCUGUGAAGGUUCCAGACACUAUGAAUGCAGUCGCAAAUAAGAGUCUGGGAUUGAAUGAAUGUGCAGAUUUGUGCUUGAAAAAUUGUUCUUGCACAGCUUAUACAAGUGCUAACAUUAGCAGUGGAGUAGGCUGCAUCACUUGGUACGGCAACUUGUUAGAUAUGAAACAGUUUUCAAAUCAGGGCCAGGAUGUUUAUAUCAAAGCUACAACUGCUGAAUUAGGUGAAAGGUCGGAUGGCAAAAGGAUUAUAACCAUCCUGGUACCAUCCAUAGCAGGGGUUCUAUUAUUAGUUAUCGUGAUUUGGUUAGCAUUGAGGAAGCGCAAAGGUCAAGCACAAAAACUCAGGAAGUUGCCUAGUUUUAAUAUUGAUUCGGUUUCAUCGUAUGGAGUCACUCCAAGGAAAGAUGAGUUAGAUGAAAAGGGAGACAUAUAUGUCUUUGAUCUGAGAACCAUAGUUUCAGCAACUAAUUCAUUUGCAUUUGCUAACAAACUCGGAGAAGGUGGUUUCGGCUCAGUUUAUAAGGGUCAGCUCCAAAAUGGCAGAGAAAUAGCGGUGAAGAGAUUGUCGAGAAGUUCAGGACAAGGAAUAGAGGAAUUCAAGAAUGAAACCACCCUGAUUGCUAGGCUUCAACAUAGGAAUCUAGUUAAGCUUUUAGGAUGUUGCAUCCAACAAGAGGAGAAAAUGUUGGUGUACGAAUACUUGCCAAAUAAAGGACUCGACAAUUUCAUCUUUGAUAAAGAAAAGGGAGGAAUGCUGGACUGGAGAAAACGGUUUGAGAUAAUCAUAGGCAUUGCUCGGGGAAUUGUAUACCUUCAUCGUGAUUCACGAUUAAGAAUUAUCCACAGGGAUUUGAAAGCCAGUAAUGUCUUGCUUGAUGCAAAUAUGGAACCGAAAAUAUCUGAUUUUGGGAUGGCGAGAAUUUUUGGAGCAGACCAGAUGGAGGCAAAAACACACAGAGUUGUGGGAACAUAUGGCUAUAUGUCACCAGAAUAUGCAAUGGAAGGACUCUUUUCAGAGAAGUCUGAUGUGUUUAGCUUCGGCGUGCUGUUAGUUGAGAUCAUUAGUGGAAAGAAAAGCUUUAGAUCUUUGAGUGACAACACUGUGAGCCUAAUUGGAUAUGUAUGGAGGCUAUGGAAAGAAGGGAAGGCCCUGGAUUUGGUAGAUCCAGCCAUGGGGGAUUCAUAUAACCCCGAAGAAGUUGAAAAAUGCAUUCAAAUUGGUCUUCUGUGCGUUCAAGAACAUGCUGGGGAUCGGCCGACCAUGUCCACAGUGCUUUCCAUGUUAUGUAAUGAAACAUCAAUCACUUCAGCCUCCCCUAAAGAACCUGCUUUUGUGAUUGAAAGGUCUUGGAACCAAAGUCAUAAGCAUCCAUAUUCAUCAUCUGCUAGUCUUGGAGCAUCUGUGGAUGAUGAGACAAUUACCAUAAUUCAAGCUCGGUUCUUAUGGAUGAUCACAUUCUUGUUUUCAAGUUUCCUAUUCAAUUAUUGCAGUUCCAGCGACACCAUCACACAGAAUCAGAUUUUCAAAGAUGGAGAUUUAUUAGUUUCCAGUGGAAAUUCCUACGCCUUUGGGUUCUUCAGCCCAGGAAAUUCCCAGAAUCGGUAUGUUGGAAUUUGGUUCAACAAAGUUUCAGAACGAACUGUUGUUUGGGUUGCAAAUAGGGAUAGCCCCAUCAAUGACAGCCACGGGGUUCUGUCCAUUGAAAAUCCCGGAAAUCUAGUUCUUCGGGAUCAGAGCAAUCACAACAAGCUGAUUUGGUCUACAAAUGUUUCCAUUCCGGGCUCCUUUGCUGCCAAUUCUUCUUUCGUCCAGCUCACGGAUAUAGGGAAUUUGGUGCUACAUCAAGGCUAUCCCCAAAAUAAUACAAGCAUCAUUUCAUGGCAGAGCUUUGAUUAUCCAACUGAUACUUAUCUUCCUUACAUGAAAGAAGGGGUAAACCUAAGAACUGGCUUGCGAUGGAGCCUAACAUCUUGGAAGUCGAAAGAUGAUCCGGGGACUGGAGAUUUUCUGUUGGAAAUGAUUCUCAGUGGUUCGCCUCAGUUAUUUCUGCUCAAAGAUUCUGAAGCAAUAUGGCGUUCAGGACCUUAUAAUGGGAUUCGAUGGAGUGGGGUGCCUGACAUGAAUUCAAACUUCAUUAUAAUCCCUAAAUACGUUGAGAAUGCCGAUGAAGUGAGUCUUACCCAUGGAGUUCGUGAUCCCUCCAUCUUUACAAGGAUGACAUUAAGCGAAUCAGGGACCCUGGAGAGGCUAACAUGGCAACAGGACCGUAGGUGGACAAGUUUUUGGACAGCCCUAAGAGACCAAUGCGACGAAUACAGCCACUGCGGUCCAUUCAGUGUUUGUGAUCCUUAUGAUCGGAGUAAAUUUGAGUGUCAAUGUCUUCCCGGCUAUGAACCAAAAGUCAAAAGUGAAUGGGGUUUGAGGGAUGCAAGUAAUGGCUGUGCAAGAAAGCCUGGAGAACAAAUUUGUGGAAAUAGUAGUUCUGAUGUCGGGUUCAUAAAGUUGACAUCUGUUAAGGUUCCAGACACUAGGAAUGCGAAAGUAGAUCGGGUUCUGGGAUUGAAAGAAUGUGCUGAUUUGUGCUUAAAGAAUUGUUCGUGCUCAGCAUACGCAACUGCGAAUGUUACCAAUGGAGGAAGUGGUUGCAUCACCUGGUAUGGUGAGCUGAUAGAUAUAAGGAGGUUCAUAAAUGGAGGCCAGGAUGCUUAUAUCAGAGUUUCAGCCUCUGAAUUAGCUCAAUACCUGAAGAAUACAAAGGAAUCGAAUGGCAAAAAGUUUAUAAUCAUCCUGAUACCAUCCAUUUCUGGGGUUCUAUUGUUAGUUAUUGUGAUCUGGUUGUCAUUGAGGAAGCGCAAAGGUCAAACACAGAAUCACAGGAAGCUGCAUAGUUUUAAUAUUGAUCCGGUGUCAUCAUAUGGAGUCACCCCAAGGAAAGAUGAGAUAGAUGAAACGGGAGACAUGUAUGUAUUUGAUCUGAGAACCAUAGUUUCAGCAACUAACUCCUUUGCUCCCACUAACAAACUCGGAGAAGGUGGUUUCGGGUCAGUUUUUAAGGGUCAGCUCCCAAAUGGCAGAGAAAUAGCGGUGAAGAGGUUGUCGAGAAGUUCAGGACAAGGAAUAGAGGAAUUCAAGAAUGAAACCACCCUGAUUGCUAGGCUUCAACACAGGAAUCUAGUUAAGCUUUUAGGAUGUUGCAUCCAACAAGAGGAAAAAAUGUUGGUGUACGAAUACUUGCCUAACAAAGGACUGGAUAUUUUCAUCUUUGACAGAGACAAAGGAGCAAUCCUGGACUGGAGAAAACGAUUCGAGAUAAUCACAGGCAUUGCCCGGGGAAUUGUAUAUCUUCAUCGUGAUUCACGACUGAAAAUCAUACAUAGAGAUUUGAAAGCCAGUAACAUAUUGCUGGAUGCAAACAUGGAACCAAAAAUAUCAGAUUUUGGGAUGGCUAGAAUUUUUGGAGCAGACCAGAUGGAGGCAAGAACACACAGAGUAGUUGGGACAUAG